GCAAUCCCCAACACGCCAUCUGACUCUCGCCAUCUGUACACGGGCCCUCCAGCGGCUCUACCUAGGCCGUACCUCGCACACUUGAAGGCUUGCGCAGUCGCUUUCUUUCUUCCACCACCAUCGUCGCCAGCACUAGUGCUGUGAAGCUUCCCCGUUCGGAGUGUAAUUGUUAGGAUGGCCGUCAGCGUUGAGAGGAUCGUUUUCUUGUCUUUGGUAUUAGACCUGUUUGCGUUCACGAUCCCCCUUCCACUAUUCCCAAGGAUUAUCGAAUGGUAUACGAUAAGAGAAUCUUCAGAUCCAAGCGGUUUCCUCUCGAGGACAUUAUGGGCCGUGUCAACAAUACGGAGCUUCUUUUACGAGCCAAGAGGGAAUCCUAAGAAGUGGGAUGUUGUUCUACUAGGCGGCCUCAUGGGCUCUGUCUUCUCGGCACUGCAAUGGCUUGUCUCUCCGCACAUAGGCUCGCUCAGUGACAAGUAUGGACGGAAGCGCAUCCUACUGAUCACGAUGAUCGGAAACAUCCUCUCCGCUCUUGUCUGGAUACAAUCUUCAUCCUUCGCAUCGUACAUGCUCUCGCGCGUUAUUGGAGGACUCAGCGAAGGCAACGUGCAGCUAGCUAUUGCUAUUCUCUCAGAUAUCACUACUGCUGCAAACCGAUCUAAAGCCCUCGCGCACGUCGGCAUCGCAUUUGCCAUCUGCUUCUGCAUCGGCCCCCCGAUCGGUGCCUACUUCGCUUCGAGGCCCCUCCCAUCCAUGACAUUAGGCUCUUUCGAGCUUAAUGUCUACGCCACGCCUGCGCUGCUCACCCUGGUUCUUCUCGUUCUGGAGACUGUCUUCCUCAUCGUCGCGCUCCCGGAAACAAGGGGCAAGCGGGCACAGGUCCCCGCGUCCGAGAAGAAGGCCGAAGCGAACGGACACACAAACGGACAUGCUAACGGCCACGCAAAUGGAAAUGGCGUCGCGAAGAAGGCCGAAACGAACGGCAAGGCGAGCGGAAGCGCACCCCCCGCCCCGAAGUACACUGUUGAGCAGAGACUCAACCUCCUCGGCAUCCUGCGCAACCUGCACUUCCUCUUCCUGGGUAUUUUCUCCGGUGUCGAGUUCACGCUGACGUUCCUCACCUUCGACUUGUUCGACUGGGACAACAAGCAGAACGGCGCCCUCAUCGGCUCCAUCGGCAUUGUCAGCGCCUUGCUGCAGGGCGGCUACGUCCGGCGCGCGAUGUCCAAGACGGGCGAGGGCAAGAUGGCGCGGCGCGGCGCGUCGGCGUGCGCGCUGGGCCUCGUGCUGCUCGCGCUCGUGCCGCCGAGCAUCGCGCGCCAGCGCACGCUCGCCGUCGCGCUCCUGCGCGCCGCGGCGGUGUGCAUGGCGUUCACGUCCGCGACGGUCGUGAACGCGCUCACGGCGUACGCGUCGCUGCAGUGCGACGACGGCGGCGUCGACGCCGACACGGGCAAGGUGCGUGAGGAGCACCCCGAGCUUGCCAAGGGCAAGGCCCUCGGACGCUUCCGCUCCUCUGGGCAGCUCGGACGCGCGAUUGGCCCGCUGCUUGCGUGCGCGUCGUACUGGACCUUUGGCCCCGCAAUCACGUAUGCCAUCAGUGCUGGGGCGAUGAUGGUGCUGUCCUCUACAAUGAAGAAGAUUGCCAGCCGGCGGCCAACAUAAGGAUGGGGUUGAUUUCAGACUGCGGAGAAAGUACACGCUCUAGCUACGUAUCUGUGGUAUUUAUGGCACAAAGGAUUAAUCGAGUAUCUUUAUUUUCG